CCCCGCUCUCCAUUAUUCCCGUCCUCCUCUCGCCUCUCCUCUCCCCCGCCGCCCCACGAGCCACCGCCACCGCCGCCGCCGGUAGUAAUUAAGGGAGUAUUUACAGGGUGCGACCGCCGCCGAUUGCAUCUUCUCUUGAUUUCUCUGCAGCCUCUCACUUACUAUCCAGCGGCCACGCCGACCUCAGGUGUCGCCUCCGCCUGCAAGUCCAGUAGCUCACCGCCACCUCUCCCACACCGCCCCGCCGCCUGCCUUCGCCUCCCCCGGCAGUCACGCGAGCUGCCUGCCUCCGCCAUCGCUCCGUCCACGCGCGCCGCCUGCCUCGACGGGGAUGGGUUGCAGCGACGGGGUGAGUUCGUGCUGCUCCUCGGCAACGAGGCCCGUGAGCCACCACGGCCGGUCAACCUCCAGCACAUAGAUCGGGCGCGGCCGCCUGUACGUUAGGGAAGAGGAGAGCACGGCCAGCCAACCUCCAGCAACCUCCCCCGACGCCUCCCCCAACGUCCGGAUCGAGCCCCAUCCUCCCCCGACAGCGGCCCCCGUCUGGAUCGAGCAACUGGUCUGGGCGGCGGCGGGAUUGUUCUGUGCGGCGACGGGAGGCAAGUUGCAGAGGAGGGAGACGUGGAAGGGAAAGAGAUGUUGGAGCUCACGAGAUAGUCAAGCAUGGAUGCAAUGGAGGUCGAGGAGUGUCCUUUUCUGGCUAACGAUGCCAAGUUGCACGCUGGAAUGUGCAGAGCAUUUCAUCCUGCGGUUUCUAAACUCUUAGCAAUAUUCCCGUUCAUCGAAGCAUCAAGACCCAGAAGCAAGUCUGGCAUACAGGCACUGUGUUCACUGCAUGUAGCUCUGGACAAAUCGAAAGGUCUACUUCAACAUUGUGCAGAUUGCAGCAGGCUGUACUUGGCCAUCACUGCAGAAACUGUCCUUUUGAAGUUCGAGAAAUCAAGAAGCCAACUUCAAGAAAGUCUUAGGCGUGUCGAAAGCAUAGUGACGGAAGAUAUUGGUCAUAAGAUUGUAGAGAUUAUUGGUGAGUUGGAGGAAGUUGUAUUUACAUUGGAUCAAUCAGAGAAGGAAGCUGGCGAUGAGGUGAUCAAUUUGCUCCAGAGAAGCGGUAAAAUGAGUUCCAGUGAUAGUGGGGAGCUUGAGGUCUUUCAUAUGGCUGCACUGAAGCUGGGAAUUACAUCUUCUAGGGCAGCCCUCACUGAGAGAAGAGCCCUGAAGAAGCUUAUUGAAAAGGCUCGUUCUGGUGAUGAUAAGCGGAAGGAGUUUGUUGUCUCGUACUUGUACAAUCUCAUGAGGAAAUACUCGAAAUUUUUCAGAAGUGAGGCAGGUGAUGAUACAGAUUCUCAGGGAUCGGCCCCAUGUUCGCCUACAGUGUUAGGCAUGGAUGAUAUGUAUGGGCAGUAUGGCCCCUGCGGAAAUGGCCGAGCAUUCAGCAGACAGCUUUCUAGCAUUCAAUCAUUUAAUUCGAGGUUUGGAUCUUUCAAUUCAAGGCUUGGAUCAUUCAAUUGUAGACCGAGUGGUCCAAGGUCUGAAAACAUGUCAAUCCCUCCCGAGGAACUCAGAUGUCCAAUUUCCUUACAGCUGAUGUAUGACCCGGUAAUCAUUUCAUCUGGGCAGACUUAUGAGCGUGUUUGCAUUGAGAAAUGGUUUAAUGAUGGCCACAGCACGUGUCCUAAGACUCAGCAGCUACUGGCUCACCUGUCUUUGACUCCAAAUUACUGUGUUAAGGCCAUGAUUUCCAGCUGGUGCGAGCAGAAUGAUUUUCCAGUUCCAGAUGCUCCACCGGGAUCCUUCGAUGUAAAUUGGAGGCUUGCUUUAUCUGACUCCCAGGCAACGGGUUGUGUGUCUGUCGAUAGUUUUGACACUAGCAACAUCAAGGGUGUCAAGGUAGUACCCCUGGAGAAUGGGAGAAAAGAAGAACCAGCAAACAGCGAAUCAGGAACAUUGGAUGAUAGCUCUUGUUUUGAGUUCGAUAUGAAUGAGGGGUACCGGAACUUGCUGCUCAUGCUUAAUGAAAGAAACAACCUACUCAACCAGUGCAGGCUGGUUGAGCAGAUAAGGUAUCUUCUGAAAGAUGAUGAGGAAGCAAGGAUCCAGAUGGGCUCAAAUGGCUUUGCUGAGGCACUGGUUCAGUUCUUAAGGAAUUCCGUGCAAGAUGGAAAUGAAAAGGCACAAGAAAUUGGUGCCAUGGCUCUUUUCAACCUUGCAGUCAAUAACAACAGAAACAAAGGACUUCUUUUGUCUGCUGGAGUCGUUGAUCUACUGGAGCAGAUGACGUCAAAUCCACGUCUAACUGCUGCUGCCACAGCACUCUACCUUAACCUUUCUUGCCUCCCCGAUGCAAAGAGUGUCAUUGGUUCCAGCCAGGCUGUGCCAUUCCUAGUCGACCGUCUGUACAACCAUGAUGGCUGCGACACGAAAACCAGCUCCUGCAAGCAUGAUGCCCUGUACACAUUGUACAAUCUCUCCACCCACCAGGCCAGCAUCCCAUCGCUUUUGUCCGCCGGCAUUGUUGAUGCUCUCCACUGUCUCUUUACAGAGUCUUCAGUGUCCGAGGGCCUUGGUUGGACAGAGAAGUCUCUCGCAGUGCUCAUCAGCAUUGCGGCAACCCAGGCUGGCAGGAAAGAGAUCAUGUCCACACCAGGGUUGAUCAGCACGUUAGCGAUGCUGCUGGACGCUGGCGAGCCAACAGAGCAGGAGCAGGCAGUAUCCUGCCUCCUCGCAAUGUGCACGGCCGACGACAAGUGCAUUGCACCGGUGCUGCAGGAGGGAGUGGUGCCUUCGCUGGUCUCCAUCUCGGCGACCGGCACGGGGAGGGGAAGGGAGAAGGCCCAGAAGCUGCUCAAGCUGUUCCGGGAGCAAAGGCAGAGAGACGGAAGCCAGCCUGCCCAACAGCAGCCUCUGUCUGAAGCCGGGAACGGUGCCAUUGUCUGCCACCGGGAGUCGAAGCCGCUGUGCAAGUCGAAGUCGAAGAAGCUGGGGAGGACACUGAGCUCCCUGUGGAAGAACAGGAGCUUCUCCCUGUACCAGUGCUACAACUUACCCCGCGCGCCAUCUUCACCCCCCCUUCCUCCUCAGUCCUCACCCAGUCGCUUUUGUUCUGUAAAUAAUUCCAUUCCUGCCUCCUCCCCUGCUGUUUCAGCUUUGCUUAUUCCAUCCAUCUGCAUCCCCUCCGUGCCCGGCCGGGAGGAGCAGCAGCAGCAGCAGCAGGAAUCGGCUCCGUCCCGGGCGCCGCGGCGGAUGUCUGGUCGGGAGCUCCGCCCGCUGCGCUCGAUCCGAAUUACAGGGGAUGGGAGGUGCCUGUUCCGGUCGGUUGCUUACAGCGCCUGCUUAAGGAGAGGAAAGCAGUCACCGAGCGACAGCAUCCAGAAAGAACUUGCCGACGAGCUUCGAUCAAAAGUUGCAGACGAAUUCAUCAAGAGAAGAGGAGAUACAGAAUGGUUCCUUGAAGGCGAUUUCGAGAGCUACGUGAGUAAGAUGAGAAAGCCUCAUGUUUGGGGAGGAGAACCUGAACUGCUCAUGUGCUCCCAUGUUCUUAGGAUGCCCAUCACUGUCCACAUGUACACCAAGGGCUCUGAUGGCCCCAGGAUCAUAGCAGAAUAUGGUCAGGAGUAUGGCAAGGACAAUCCGGUCCGUGUUCUCUACGACGGCUAUGGGCACUACGAUGCGCUGCAGCAACCUCUUGUAAGAACACCAUCAAGACUGACAUAUUAAGCGGAGAAUAUGUUAUUUAAGCUUCUUCUAUAUCUCAAGAUCAGCCGCAUAAGUGUCGAGAUCUGCAACAACUUGAUUUUGCUGGAUUUGGCAAACAGCAAACUGUAUAUGGAAUUCAGCCUGGAUUUACUGCUCCAUGCUUUGAUCUUCUUCAGCGCUGCUGUAUAAAUAAGCAUCAGAUGUGUAACUCCUGAUCCGAUCACAAAAUCUAACUGUAUAGCCUUCUGUAUCAGAAAAUAAACAUUAGAUGCGUCCCAGCUUAAGCUGGAAUGUUUUGUGAAGCUUCGGUAUCAUUUUAUUCAAAAAAAAUUUGCGGGACAUAUAACAUCCCGACUACUGCUUCAAA